AUGGCUGAUGAUGAUGUUGUUAGUCACACUCCAACAAACCCUAAUGUUGGAGAAAACGAUCCCGACCUCAACCUAAAUGAGGAUGCUACACCAUUGUCUCCCCGUAGUGAACGCUUAAUGAAACGACUUACGAAUUUCGUUCAACAAACUUUUGAACAUCAUAAGCUUGCCAUAGAAAAGGGUAAAGGGAAAGAGCUGGGUGGUCUCUCAAAACCCAAAUCUAAACGGGUCUUGUUUAAAAGCUUCCGAAGUAGUGGUGCUACUGAAUUCACUGGACUCUCUGACCCAGUAAUCGCGGUGCAGUGGCUUCAAACCACUAAAAAAGUGUUUCAAAUUUCCCGAGUGAUGAAUGAGGAUAAAGCAAAUUAUGCUAGUGCAAUGUUGACAAAACGUGCACUCACUUGGUGGGAUGCAACUUUUGAAUCCCUGACUGAAAAUGAACGAGAAAGCUUGACCUGSGAGUCUUUCAAGACUCAUUUCCUUGAGCAAUUAUGUCCGAUCGACUUGCAACGAAGGCUUGAGAAAGAAUUCUUGGAACUCAAGCAAGGGAACAUGUAUGUGAUUGAGUAUGUGACUAAAUUUAAUCAGCAUUUUGUUGAUGGUCUGAGGAGAGAAAUCCGAGAGUUUGUUGUUAAUCGUGAUAUUCCGAGUUUCAAUAAAGCUGUGGAGCAUGCUUGUCGCCGUGAACACGAUUUAACAAAAUUUGAGGAACCAACUUCUGAAUCAAAAGGGCAACGAACUGAAAGAACCUUCUAUGUACCUACUCAGCGACAAUCUCGAUCUUUCACUCCUAGAAGGAGUGAAUCUCAAAAUAUUCCGUGUGCCCAAUCACAAGUCUAUUCACUUCAAUCUAAUGCGUCACGUCUUGUCAAAGAUGUGGCAAAACUCUCCAAGGGCGAUGCCUUACUGAAACAACAAACUUGA